AAGGCCAGAAGUGUCCAGCCUGAAACCAGAGGCCCUGCUGCUGGGAUGCUGGCUGCAGUGGGGUUCCCUAAUCCCAGGCCCCCACUGUCUUCUCACUGCACCUCACAGCUGUUCUUGUUCUGCUCCUCUACCCUCCAGGGGUUGAUAUGGACCCAAAUCCCCGGGCAGCCCUGGAGCGCCAGCAGCUCCGCCUUCGGGAGCGGCAGAAAUUCUUCGAGGACAUUUUACAGCCAGAGACAGAGUUUGUCUUUCCUCUGUCCCACCUGCAUCUUGAGUCCCAAAGACCCCCCAUAGGCAGCAUCUCAUCCAUGGAAGUGAAUGUGGACACGCUGGAGCAAGUAGAAUUUAUUGACCUUGGGGAUCAGGAUGGAGCAGAUGUGUUCUUGCCCUGUGAAGAUCCUCCACCAACCCCCCAGACAGCCGGGGUCGGUGACCAUCCAGAGGAGCUGAGCCUGCCAGUGCUCACACCAGACAGGACAACAUGCCGGACUUCCUCCUCGUCCUCAGAUGACUCCACCAACCUGCACAGUCCGAAUCCGAGUGAGGGUGGAGCAGACACACCCUUGGCACAGUCUGAUGAGGAGGAGGAGGCUAGGGGUGAUGGAGGAGCAGAGCCCAGAACCUGCAGCUAGCAGAGGGCCCCUCUUGCAGACUAACCAAGACGGCUGUUCUCGAAACCCUAGACCCAGCCAGAGCCCUUCGGGAGAAGACAAGACACUUUGCUUGCAGUGGGCACCAAAGGGAGGGAAAGUUGCUGGGAUGGUGUACCUCUCUGAGAAUUAACUUAUUCCUGCUUUAGUGCUAACCUUUUCCUGCUGCAACCUUCCCACCAGUUUUUGGCUUACUCCUGAGGUAGGAAUUGCAACUGAGGAGAUGGAAGAUGAGGCAGGACAGGAUGCCACUGCUUCCGUAGUACGCCUCCCUCGCCCACACUGUCCCGUAGGCUUCCAGUAGUCUCUUAAACCAGUGUGUCUGAGUGGAUGUGAAUUUGUAAGCACUCUUAAUGAGGUGGUACUCCAAUUAUUUUGCCUUCUUUCAUCCUUUUUGGAAAAGGGUAUGGUAUAAAUAAUAAAAAGUAGUAACAUACCAGCCAUUCCACUUCAUUUUUCAUACCACAGAUAUCAAAUCCACCAUGUCUUUAGCUCUCUAACCAACAUCAUAUCCCCAUCACUCAUUUACUGUUUUCCAAGAAAUAUUUAUCGGACAUCUUUGCUAGGCAUUUGGAAUAUAGAUAGCUCUAAGCAAGACAAACUGUAUCCCUCUCUUCCUGAGGUUUAGUGUCUGUCGAAGAGAGUAUCAGUACCACAGCUUGCAGUGUAAUAAGCAGCAUGAAGAGGCACUACUCUGAUAUCAGAAAACAAGGGUAUCUUAACCUAGCUGAUAAUGGUAAUUGAGCUGAUUUUUAAGUAGAAAUCUCAAAAAUGAUUAGGAAUUAAUCAGGUCAGGCAAGGGGUUGGGGGGACAUGAUUCAGGCAGAAGGAGCUGCUUGUAAAGACUUUAAAUGGAGAUACAGCUGUAGGAGCUGAAAACAUGUAGUUUGGCCAAACGAUUGAAUUUGAAAACAUAAAAAGAGGUAAGACUGACAAAGGUCAAGUUGUGAAAUGUUUUAAAGCCUGUAUUAGGUUUCAAUUUGACUGCUAGUAAAAUACCAUGACACAAGAUAUACAUGUAUGUAUUUCCUCAUACAGAAGAAAUGCAAAAUACAUACUGUGAAGUUCUGUAGUUACUAAGGGUUGUUUAGGCUUUUGUGUUUUUUUUGUUUUGUUUUCUCUUUCCCAGUACUGUGAACUGAACCCAGGGAAUGGUGAGUUACAUCCCCAGCCUUUUAUUUCUUUAGUUCAAGUCAGGGUUUCCUAUGUUGCUCAGGUAGGCCUCAAAUUUGUAAUUUUUCCACAGUCUCCCAAGUAGCUGGGAUUACAGACAUGCUACCCUACCCAGCUUUUUUGGCUCAGAUAUCCAAGGCAUAUGACUUGCAUUUUAUUGAGAGGUUAUGGCAGAAUGGCUGUCAUAGCCUAAGCCAUCAAGACUCUCAAGUGGGCAAAAAGCAGAAUGGGGCGGGGUAGGCAAAGAGCAUAGCUUGAUGUUUAUUCCCACUUUAAGAACCAUUUUUAGAAGUUCCAAGAAAUAGCACCCCCUUUCAUGUUAUUGGCCAGAACUUGGUAGCACAGGAAACGUUUCAUUUGUAGACACUUACAGACACAAGAACAAAGUAUUAUCUAGAAGAAAGGAAAUUCUGUUUUUUGGAAAGAUAAUAAGCCUUUCAAGUCACUGAUUUGCCAAUGUAUGAUCUCUGUACUAUUAGAUCUCUGAGAAGCACUUUGAGCACUGUGAAUGGGAUGCUGGGAUAAUACUUUGGUAGAUACUGUUACCUGAUAGAAUCAGGGUUUGUUACUAAAGAACAAGAGGAUAGUAGUCACUGGGUAGAUUAUUAGCAGUUUACACAUCAGAGACCAUAUUAAAAAGUUCAAACUUUAUUGGGAGUAAUGAAAGGAUUACAAGUAUCUGGAUUUUUUUUUUUUUUUUUU